UAGAAAUUCCCUAUUACGGAUUCGUUUGAUGAGUUGUGUCCUAGCGCCAUCUCCAUAUUUUUUUUCAAAGACCCCUUUGGAUACAGCCCGGCAGGGAAAGGGUUAAGGAGCGGGGGGUCCAGAUGCCUCCUCUCCUGCUCGCUAUGACGAACAAAUGAACUCCCGGGGAAUGAAAUUUAAAUUCCACAAAGGAGAAAAAGUCCUCUGUUUCGAACCUGACCCUACGAAAGCUAAAGUACUCUAUGAUGCAAAGGUCGUCGAUGUUGUAAUUGGCAAAGAUGAACGUGGAAAGCGAGUCCCAGAAUACCUGAUUCACUUCAAUGGUUGGAACAGAAGUUGGGAUCGAUUGGCAGCGGAAGACCAUGUGCUCAGGGAAACUGACGAAAAUCGCAAAUUACAACGUAAACUGGCUCGUAAAGCUGUGGCUCGCAUGAGGAGAAAGGGAUGGGGGAAGAGACGUCGUCGUCUACCCGGUGUUGAGUCAUCUCUGAAGACACUUCCUGAAGAGAAGGAAGAGAGUGAUGACGCAUGUUUGAUUACUUCUUCAGACAACAGUGACGAGGACGAUUCCGAGGAUCCGGAAUCUUUGAAAAGCGAGGAGAGCGACUCUUCUGAAGAUUUGGACAAAAUGCAGGAAGAGCAGGAAGCUCACGCUAAGAUGGAGAGUGAGGACAAGACCAUCAACAUAGACAUCCCUGAGGUUCUCAAGAAGAAACUGGAGGAUGACUGCUACUACAUCAACAAGAGGAAGAAGUUGGUGAAGCUUCCGUCCCAGAUGAACAUAUUGAACAUCUUGGAAUCAUAUGUGAAGCACUUUGCCUUCAACGCAGCCUUCUCUGCCAAUGAGAGGUACAGAAGUCACCAGAGCACCGCCCAGACCAGCCUCAGUCUUCACUAUGUUCCUCCAGAGAAGAAUGAGGAGCUUUGCAAGGAGAUGGUGGACGGCCUGAGAAUCACCUUUGACUUCACCCUUCCCAUGAUCCUCCUGUACCCCAACGAGCACGCUCAGUUCAAGAAAGUCAGCUCCUCCAAGUUUUUCCUGCCUAUCCGGGACAACACAGCCAGCUCCAGCAAGACCUUGCGUGAGCGCACCCCCAGCCCCUCGGGCCACAACCCCUCCACCCCCCAGUCCACGGACAGCCAACCAGCCCUGAGCGAGGCCUCCACCACCACGGCAAACCCCACCACCACACCCAAACGCCGGCGCUGUGCCUCCGCAGCCGACCCCGACGCCCCCCAGUCCCUGCGACGCUCCACACGCCACACCUCGGGGGGCGAGCGGAUGGCGGGCGAGGGGGGCAGCGGCAGCGCUACGACCUCACCCCAGCCCAAACGCCGCCUUGACACGCCUGCCCAGCUGCCCAAGUUCUUCCUCAAUCUGGAGAAGAAAACGCCUGUCCACAGUGGCUCGUCCUCUCCUUUGCCCCAGACGCCCAGUAAGGAGGGCAGUGGCGUCUUCUCCGGCCUGGAGAGCCGACGGAACAAUGAGCUCAACGAGGUCCUGAGCUGGAAGCUGACCCCUGAUAACUAUCCCCAGAGUGACCAGCCUCCCCCACCCUCCUACCUGUACGGCUCACAGCACCUCCUACGCCUCUUCGUGAAGCUGCCAGAGAUCCUAGGGAAGAUGCAAAUCCCAGAGAAGAACCUAAGGGCCCUGGUCAAACACCUGGAGCUCUUCCUCAGGUUUUUGGCUGAGUUCCACGAGGACUUUUUUCCGGAGUCGGCGUAUGUGUCGUCAUCGGAGGCCCAAUACUGCAUGAAGCACCCGCGGGCUGUUCCCUGACCCCGUUUAUCUCACCCUGCCUCGCCCUGAACUGCACUGCUGGGAGGGGAGCUCCAAGCUGAUUCCCAAACCAUCCCUUUCACAUCCUCUCUGAGACUGCGCCAUUAUCCCUCUCUAUGUUCACCCCUUGCCCUCCUAAAUCCAACCCAUGCGGCGAUGUGGUUUUGCCCGGCCUUUCGUAAAUAAAUAAAGCAAGGGUCUUGGCUUCUGAUCGGCCCAGUACCUCACGCUCCCCAGCCCCCAACCUGGCAGUCUGGCCUUAGGAACAGACCCCCCUGGAUGCAAUGAUUACCCAAAGCAUGGACGGCUACUUGUUAUCCUAGGCUGUAGACCCUAACCCCCUGCUUGGGUCUUUCCCACAAUGCUGACUUUGUCUUGCUUUCUCUCGCUCUGCGCUCAAGGACCACGUUUGGCCAUCUCUUUCUCUAGCAGCGCCGGCUUCUGAUCCUUCUCUCUCCGUCCGCCUAGACAAGCAUACAUCGAGAGAAGGGCUAUUUGAUACGUUUGCUUUACGUGUGGCUAUUGGAGACUGUUUGGCUUCUCCUCGGUUCGCCAUGCUUGCUGCCCCAAGCCACGCUUCAGUGUGUGUUGUCGAUUUAAGCAAUUUCUAAAUGCUUGUAGAAUGUCAUUCCUCUAGUAAUGUCUACUAUCUGUGUUCCUCUUGCUUAGAGGGGCUGUGAUGUUAUGGGCACUGUGUGUUCAUAUUUAUAUUUGUCAUGGCAUUACCCUCAAUGUUUGAAGAAGGUCAAGUUGAUGUAUAAAUGCCUUAUUCUGUUUGUUUUAUUACACUGUUAACUUGUAGACUCGAACAGGAACACACUGCGGAGGUGGAAAUGUGAAAAUAUCAACUUUCAGUCUGUUUUCUAUUAGUAUUAUCUGAAAUAAAAGUUUGAGCAAUG